AUGAAUCAAAUUGGAAACAAAUAUAAAAUAUCCCAGACUGAUUCUGAUAAUAAUAGCAUUAUUAAAUGGGAACAAUUUAAUUCAAAUGAAUUAAAUUUUGAAAAUUGUCGAAAUACUUUGUUGGAUAAAUUUGAAAAUUUGGCAAAUCAAUUUGCUGCUGGUUGGAAAUAUCAUAUAUUAAAUACAAAUGAUAUUAAAGAAGCAUGGAUUAAUUUUGAAGAUUUUUACACUGAAAUAUGCUCAUUAGCAACAGAACGAGAAUUACUUACUGUUAAUGAUGAGAUUGAGUCACGUGAUAUCACGGAAUCACUUUUCACGUAUUCAAUUACUGAUGAAUAUCGUACACCGGAACAAUGUGAUGAAUUGCUAACACGAAAAGUUGAUGCAUUAGCAAGUAAAUUAUCACCAAAUUGGACAACAACGAUUACAAAUAUUAAUGAUACAUCAAAAGCAUGGAAAGAUUUUAAGCGUUAUUUUCAACAAAUAUGUGCUCAAAAUCAUCGUAGUAAGUUUUAUUAA